AUGGUCCGGGUUUUCAAGCAGCAGCUAGUGCUGGCCGGCGUGGCCGCGGCAUUGAUGGCACGGCCGGAGGACCCACCAAGCGCACCACAAGGGGCAGCCGAGCAUCCGGAGGCAGCAGUGCCCGCCCAUCCGAACCUGAUCUUUGCCUCCUUCGCCGGGCUGCUCCAGCAAUGGCCGAACACCUUCGCCUACGCCGGCCACUCCAUCGUCCCGGGCGAGGUCCCGCGAGGCACGCUGCUCUACCACGCCACCACCACCACCACCACCAGUGCCGGCCGUCCCCCACCAGCCCCAGACCAGGGCCCGAUGAAGUGGCUGGCGUUCGACCCGGAAUACAGCUACGUGAUCCACAGUCGCAGGACCGGCCUGCUCGACCUGCACACCUACGCCGCGGCCCGCGCGCUCAGGAUCCUCUACCUCGACGGCCAGAGCGCGUCUCUCGGCAGCCCCGGCUUCAUGGACAGCCAGGACGUGCUCCUCAACCGCACUGUCGCCCAAAACAUCCAGGAGCCCGACUACUUGGACGCCGAGUACCACCGCGCCCGGAUGCUCUGCCAGCUCGGCAAACGCUGGGGGUUCGAGGGCGUCGUCCGCAUGAACACCUGCUUCGAGCUGCUGUGGUGUGACAUGUCCCAGGGUCUCCAGCUUCUUGCACGCACUAACAUCACGGAUCCUUACGAUACGCACCCCGAGCCGACGGAAGAACCCGACCAGUCAUCCGCCAAGCUGUCGGGCCAUCCGCCCCCAGAUCCUCCAGUCGGCCAACAUCCCGCCCCAGAUACGACCAGCCCCGUUUGUCCGGCGGAUCUGCGGGUCCAGCAUCCUUUCCAACGGGCUCCCGAGUUGAGUGAGCUCUCUUCUGCUGACGGGACAGCCGGGCUGAUUGGUAUGGGCUGUAGGGGAGGACAGGGAGAUGCAGGCCUGACGAAAUGGGCGCAGAAGCCAGGCCGGGAGGAGCGCCGGACGAAGGGCUGCUGA